AUGAUGCUCCUCUUACCUGCGCUGAUGCUGUCACUUCUUUCUGGUGUUUCGGCCAGAGUUGUGCGAGACUUUCAGAACACUUGUGAUAUUUUUUUUGCAGAGAAGCAACCACCAACAGUAUUUUCUGAAGAUCAGUACAAAAAGAUCUGUCAAACUCUAAAUGGCAUUGUUUAUUAUGCAACACUUUAUGACACUGAAAACAAGAUUCCGGUGUACUCCGCUUAUACAUAUGAGGGGAAAAAGAACUGCGAAAGACGAAAUUACUGGUACAUUGAACCUCAGCUUGAUGAUAAUAAUGCAGAAGAAGACAUGGGAAAGGACAAUAAAAAGAAACUUUCUACACAACAAGCUGUAAAUGAAGACUAUGACAUCGCUGUGAAAAUUGGCUUCCACAGAGGGCACUUGGCACCAGUCUCCCAGGCAAACUCACAGUCCUGUGUCUUUGCCACCUUCACUCUCACCAAUGCUGCACCACAAUACAGGUCUUUUAACCAAGGUAAAUGGAGGGUAGUAGAAGGCAAUCUGGUGUCCACUCUGGAAAGCAAUUGUCAAAGAAAUACUGCUUACAUUGUGACAGGGGUAGUACCAGGUAAUGAUAGUAAAUUAAACAAUAGAGUAAAUGUGCCUAGUCAUUUUUGGACUACAUACUGUUGCAAAACCAAAAAUAAUUAUUUAAUCUCAGGAGGAGUUAUUGGAGAAAAUGUGAACAGUAGUUCUACUAUUCUGCGAAUGUCUGUGAAAGAUUUAGAGAUACGUUUGUCAGAACUUUAUAGAAAAGGCUUCAGUUUGUUUAGUGCAAAUUGUAGAGAAGCUAAAUAUGUCGAAGUGGUUCACUAUGGUUUAGCUAGAAGAAGAGUGCGGGAGAGAAAUAGGGGAGAGUGUGGACAUUUGAAACAGAGAGAAGCUAGGCCCAGGAGAGUAGGUGAACACCUGACUCCCAGGAGGGUCUUUUCAGAACAGCAGUAA